AUGUCUAUGGCACUUCUCUCUCCCUUUCUUUACUGCUUCCUACCUAUGUCUAUCAAUUUCUUUGACAUCUCUCUCUCUUUCUGCCUCCCUCUCUCUCUCUUUCUCUCUGUAUAUGUCUGUCUGUCUGUCUGUCUGUCUGUCUCUCUCUCUUCUCUCUCUCUCUCUCUCUCUCUCUCUCUCUCUCUCUCUCUCUUCUUUCUUUCAUCCUCUCAAUCACUAUGGCACUUCUCUCUCUGCUUUUACUUCUUUCUGUCAAUGUCUCUCCUUCUCUCCAACUUUUUUGUUUCUAUCAAUUUCUCUAUCUAUGUAUCUAUGUAUCUAUCUAUCUAUCUAUCUCAGGCUGUUCAUAUCUAUCUAUCUAUCUAUCUAUCUAUCUAUCUAUCUAUCUAUCUAUCCGGCCUUCACUCUUUUUGUAUUUCUCUCUUUCUUGCCACUUUUCGGUUAUGCGGUUAUAAGCCAGAUUAUUCCCGCCUGGCCAACAUCUCCGAGGCGACGAAAGGACAAUCGGAUACAUAUAAAAUAGUUAUGUAUCUCGGUUACAGCACAACAUAUAUUUUGGCCUUUUCUAAAAAUGAUUUCUUUGAUACUUCAGUUCCUUUUCAAUGA